CAAAUAACCAAAAUACCCUAAUACGAAGUUCCAUUUUACAGUUAAGAGGAUUACCUGUUUCCAGGUCCAUAUUUGAAAUCCAAUCGAUUUCUCAAAUUCUACUUUCAUUUUCUCAAUUCUCAGUUCUCUAUCACCCAAAAUUACAUAGGAAAAGAAAAACUCGAAAAGAGAACAACAAUCAAAUCAUAAAAUGACCAAUUACGAAGGAGGAAGAUACCAAAGAAACGGUACGGAUUUUGAUAACGGUAACUACGGCGGCGGCGGCGGCGGCUCCUCUCCUCCGCCUCGUGUUGAUGAUUACAGCGAUUCCAAAUCUCAGCACAGAUCUCGUGACCAUGAAAGAGAUUCUUCAAAAAGUAGGGAAAAGGAAAGAGAAAAGGGGCGAGAUAAGGAGAGGGGUCGAGACCGGGAUAGGGACAGGGAUAAGGAUCGUGAGCGGGUCAAGAAUAGGGAGAGAAGCAGGGAUAGAGAUAGGGAUAGGGAAAGGGAUCGAGACAAGGAUCGUGACCGUCACCAUAGGGAUCUUGAUCACCACAAAGAUCGUAGUGAGAUGGGGGAACGGGGAAGAUAUAGAGAUGAUGAUGAUUAUCAGCGAAGUCGAGACUACGAUAGGGACAGGCGAAGAGACAAUGAUCUAAAUAGGGAAGAGAAUGGGCGAUCAACUUCUCCAUCAGAUCACCAUCACAGGAGCAGACAUAGAUCUCGAUCACCAAGACAAGAUGCUGAUAGGAGAGAACGUGACGAGGUGACAAACACUAGGGGAAGUGAACAAUGGAACGAGGAUGAUGAUUCUUUGGCUAAGUUGAAAGCUGCUGAAGAGGCCUUGGAAGCAAAGCAAAAGCAACAACCUUCAUUUGAGCUAUCUGGAAAACUUGCUGCGGAAACCAAUAGAGUUAGAGGUGUUACACUACUGUUCAAUGAGCCUCCUGAAGCUAGCAAACCUAAUAUAAGAUGGCGGCUUUAUGUUUUUAAGGCUGGUGAAGUGUUGAAUGAGCCCCUUUACAUACAUCGCCAGAGCUGUUACCUUUUUGGGAGAGAAAGAAGGGUUGCAGAUAUUCCUACAGACCACCCAUCCUGUAGCAAGCAACACGCAGUCAUUCAAUUCAGGCGAGUGGAGAAGGAGGAGCCUGAUGGUACCAUAUCUAUGCAAGUAAGGCCUUAUAUAAUGGAUCUUGGAAGCACAAACAAAACUUUUAUUAAUGAUAACCCCAUUGAACCUCAACGUUAUUAUGAGCUUUUUGAAAAAGACACAAUUAAAUUUGGCAAUAGUAGCCGAGAGUAUGUACUAUUGCACGAGAACUCCGCAACCUGAUCGGCAUCAAUUUGUAUUUCCAGUAUGUUUUUCCAUCUUCACUGUGGAGUAGUUUUAGCAACAUUUUGCUUUUUUCCUGAUAAUUAAAAUACCUUGCUUUUUCCCAUAAUGUUCAUUUUGCCUUUAAUCGAAAUGAAGAAAUCUUGUAUCAAAUGCAAUCAUCCUUUUGCUUCAUGUUUCUUAAUGCUCCUCUGUCUUUCUGUC